AUGGGCUAUGGGCUUAAAGGCUCGUUGGUCCAUCGUCCACAACACGCGGAGGUGCAGGAACAGAUGAGCGUUCUUCUCAGCGCCGAGGAUUGUUCAGCCAAAUUUUCGAGUCGGUCCAAAGUGCUGAUGUUGUGGGAAAUCUUGCGACCAAACGUCUACAGCUCCUAUGUGCUGGAUAGGAGUCUGGACAAUGUGGUAUACGACUGGAAGGUCGCGUGCUCGUGUCAGAAGUUCCUUUAUGACAUGAGAGAAGAUCCCUUGGGUCUCAUCCAUACCGCGGAUCGGGUCGUGGAAGAUGAAGUGCGAUAUGUCCGUGACCUUCUCCAAAGACUUGAACUGCAGACGAUGAGCCGACCCUCGACUCCUCCUGCUGAAAAGCCGGAGAAGAAGUCCGACGUCCAUCAGUUCCAUGUUGCUCUAUUCCUGGAUGACUAUCAAAUCAACUUCUGUCUUCUUCCAUCUUUGAAUUACGUAAUCCAUGGCGAGGUAGCUCGCAUGUCCGUCAUGUCCAGCAAAGACAGUGGGGUUGAAGUUGAUUUCGACAUCAAAAGCAACUACCACGUCUUUCAGUCUAUGGAAGAAGGCAAACCGCAAACCGUGUCUGAAGUCCAUGUGCCUCCAAUCAACGGAAGGAUUCUCGGGAGACUGUCGCCAGAUCUCAUCUGGCUGAAGGCCGACGUCACAGUCGAACUUAUCAGGCUACAAGCCAGUGCGCUGCGCAGUCUUUUGAACGUCGUGAAUCGCCCAGAGAUAUCUCACUUUGUGUCGGACUUCAAGGAAAGUGUGGAGGAACUUCACCUACAUUUUGAGGAUGUUCUGGUUCGGGAGGACCCGACCCCACGCUCUUCAGACAGUUCCAAGAGCCGUGAAAUUCUCUACAACAUACAGCUCACGAUGGCGGGCAUGGGGAUUCACGCUCGCGCCCCGGGCCUGAGAAGUAAAGAAUACUCUGCGGAUAUGGAUUUCAGCUUCGGAGCCAUGCAGAUGCGCCUGGACAAUGCCUCGGGACAAAGAUAUCCCUCUGGAUAUCCAGAAUUCCAUAUCAACGUGUCUCAAAUUGCCCUCGAGUUGAGGAGACAGGAGAAAUCACAGGUUCGGCCUUAUGGCAGUCUCGUCUUAGACGCCGGUAUUGUGGGCACAUCGAGACUGAACGAGCGGAACGAAAUCGUGCGAGCAUAUCACCUGACCAGCAAAAGCCUGGAUGUAGAGCUUUUUGCCGAAACAGCGUCUCUGGUGAUCGACAUUGCGGCUCAUUUACAAGAACGUAUCAAGACGCUCGAUCUUUCCGAGGACAUGAAGCGGUUCAGAAAAUUGGGACGUCUGGCCCGGCCGCGGAAUAAGGGACUGAUGACGCAGGUGCCGGAAUUUAAAAUCACGGACGAGUCAGAACCGCAGUCACAGGCUUUGUUCAAUGCCAUGUACUCGGUGGAGUUGGCCAAUAUCCAGGCGAGCUGGAUCAUGGAUGGCCCAUGCGCUAAAUCAGGAUAUCAGCCGGAAGAUCUGGUGUUCUCUAUCCGCUACGUGACUCUAUCUACCACGAGAGAGAAUGCUGCCAAGCUCCGAAUCCAAGACAUGCAACUGCAGAUGACGCCCAAACAUGAGGACAAACGGAAGCGGUCUCUGAAUUCGGCUUUGAUGCCGGAGAUCGUCUUCAACGUCGCAUAUCUAUCUACGAAGGAAGAUCUACGGCUGGCCUUCCAGGCGGCGGGCAAGUCUCUGGACAUUCGAGCGACCACCGAAUUCAUACUUCCUGCCAGUCUCUUGCAAAAUUCCAUCGCUUCCGCUAGUGAGAAGCUGCGCGAGGCCAACGCGAUCUGGGCUACGUCGCCUUCCCAAUCCAAUAGCGGAAAUGGAAAAGGUCUCUUUGGGAACAAGCGCCUGUCGUCUCUGCUCGUCGACGUCGACUUUGCUGGAGCCAUCGUCUCGUUGCUUGGCAGACAGCUGGAUGACCAACAGACACUGCUUGCGGCGACGGUGAGGGGCAGUCGACCUGCUGAGGGCAAAUAUGGACAGUAUGUGCAGGGUGACUCGGCGACCACUGCCUCGCUCCGAGCUCCAGGUGUUGCGCUUAAAGUGCAAUAUGGCGAUAGUGGGACCGAAGACCCAACCCUGAAUGCAGAGCUGAGGGUGAGCCCUUCAAGCAACACUCUGUACCCCACCGUGGUUCCUCUUAUCAAGCAGAUAUCGGCUAGCGUUAAGGAGGUGGUGGGUGAGCAGGAUGAACCCAGACCGUCUUCCUCGAGCAAGCUCCAGCCGCAAAAGAUGGUGCAGGAUAAUUCGCUGGACGCAACCAAUCCAGAGACGAUACUGGGCCGUUGCAAGCUGAACAUCGGCCUGCGGAUCUGUAAGCAGGAGUUCAGCUUAAGCUGUCAACCGAUCGCCCGGGUCGCCGCCACUGCGCGGUUUGAUGAUAUCUACGUGACUGUCAACACCGUCCAGUCUGCCGAGCAGCGGCGAUUCUUCGCUAUUCUCAUUGCAUUCAACGACCUGCAGGCGUCGGUCAAGCAUGUGUAUUCCAAUGAAUCGACAGCGAGCUUUGAGGUGAAGUCAAUCGUCGUGUCGCUCAUGAACAGCAAACACGUCAGCACCAGCAGCGGCAUCUCUGCUAUUCUCAAAGUUAGUCCGAUGAAGAUUAUGGUCAACGCAAAACAAGUCCAAGAUUUCCUCCUGUUCCGAGAGAUCUGGGUGCCUUCUGGCGAUGAGGCUACGUUCACCGCCACGUCCCCCAGCCCCUCAGCGGAAUCACAGGCCUUGAUUGUACAACGAUAUCAGCAGGUUGCAUCGGCCGGUGCCUUUCCCUGGAAUACGGCCAUCGCCAUCGACGAGCUCGAUAUCCAGCUCGAUCUGGGACAGACACUUGGCAAGGCCGAGUUUACGAUCAAGGACCUGUGGGUUUCGUCCAAGAAAACGUCUGAUUGGGAACAGAACCUCUGCGCGGGAUUCGACACCAUGGCUAUCGAAAGCAGGGGGCGAAUGAGCGGGUCUGUGGAGCUCAGAAAGCUCAAAGUCCGGACCUUCAUCAAGUGGCCGGACGAGACGCCAACCUCGGGCCGGACUCCGCUGAUUCAGGCCUCGGUGGCCUUUGAUGAGCUGCAGGCCAACGCGUCGUUCGAGUAUCAGCCGUUCCUCGUGGCUGAUAUCGCCGCGUUUGCGUUCUUGAUGUACAAUGUCCGCAGCAGCACCCAGCCGUCCCAAGAUCAGCUAGUCAGCAUUCUCGAAGGCGACAAAGUGCAAGUCUUCUGCACGACGCUGACUGCGUCGCAGUCUUUGGCGCUUUUCCAGACGUGGCAGCGGCUGGUGCAGGACAAGUAUGCCGCAUACGAAGCCUCUCUGAAGGAAAUUGAGCGGUAUCUGCGCCGCAAGUCGUCGGUCAUUAGCUCUAGCACCAACGCACCUCCCAUUGUGACGUCCAAGAAGGACGAGAGCUCCGCGAAGGCACCGAUCUCGCUGCAUACCGAUGUCGUUGUGACCAUUCAAGCGAUCAACGUUGGUGCCUUUCCCAGCACGUUCUUUGACAACCAGAUCCUCAAGAUGGAGGCCCUCGACGCCCAGGCGCGGUUUGCCGUCUCGCUGGAGGACGACAAGAUCCACAGCGCCUUGGGACUUACUCUGGGUGAACUCCGCGUCGCCCUGUCCAGCAUCAGUCGGCCGUCUGCCGUGGAGCUGGCCGAGCUAUCAGUGGACGAGGUGGCUGCGCGGGCCACGGGGUCUCGAGGAGGCACGAUCCUGAAGGUCCCCCGGGUCGUGGCAAGCAUGGAGACGUGGCAGACGAUGGCAUCGAACGAGAUCGAGUACAUCUUCAAGAGCGCCUUUGAAGGCAAGGUCGACGUGGGGUGGAACUACUCUCGCAUCAGCUUCAUCCGCGGCAUGUGGACGAGUCACUCUCGGGCGCUCGCCAGCCGGCUGGGGAAGCCAUUGCCGCCGUCAGCCGUGCGCAUCACGGGCGGACCUAAAGCGGAGCACGAGGGCGACGAGCAGCAUGCGGAUGCGGGCGAGGGCGAGCAGCAGAAGAUCACGGCGGUGGUCAACGUGCCGCAGUCCAAGUACGUCUACCGGCCGCUGGAGCCGCCGCUGAUCGAGACGCCGCAGCUGCGGGACAUGGGCGAGGCGACGCCGCCGCUGGAGUGGAUUGGGCUGCACCGCGACAAGCUGCCGAACAUCACGCACCAGAUCAUCAUCGUGACGCUGCUGGAGGUGGCCAAGGAGGUAGAAGACGCGUAUUCGAAGAUUCUGGGGUGA